AUGAAUCCUAUGACAAAUGUUAAAAAUGUUUUAAAACUCAGUGAGCGAGAAUUAACUGGUAAUUCUAAGACCUCAUGGCAUGAUCAGUACAAAGACAGUGCUUGGAUAUUCAUUGGUGGCAUGCCCUAUGAUUUAACAGAAGGUGAUAUAAUUUGUGUGUUUUCUCAGUACGGUGAAAUAGUUAACAUUAAUUUAGUAAGAGAUAAAGCUACUGGCAAAUCUAGGGGAUUUGCUUUUAUUUGUUAUGAAGAUCAACGCUCAACUAUUUUAGCUGUGGAUAACUUAAAUGGAAUUAAGAUAUUAGGCAGGACAAUUCGUGUUGACCACUGUGAGCAGUAUCGAGCACCAAACGCAGAUAUGUCAAAGAUUGAUGAAUUGACAGCAGCAGUGCGUACUGAAGGUUGUGCACCAGUUGCACCAAAGGAAGAGAUCUUAAAAGUGAAACAGGAGAAAGAGCAUAAGGAAAAUAAGCGGAAACAUAAAGAGAAAAAGAGAAAAAAGAAAAAAAAGAAGAAAAGUAAAAGGACUGAAAGUGAUUAUAGUUCUAGUGAGUGA